AUGUCUGCCUAUGGGCGCGGCGCAGGGGGCUCCGGGGACCAGUCAUGGAGGGAGGCCCGGGUGCGAACAUCCAGGGACCUGCGUGGAAGGUCCCAGGCCCAGAGGGGCUGCAGAGUGAGCAGGCACAGAGGCGGCAGCGGGGACGCCGUCGCUCCCCUCCUGGCCGGCGCAGACCCCGAAAAUGACAGCAUGGUCCCGGGGAUGCAGGGAGCCAGAGCAGAAGCCACAGGCGAGUACUCGUACUCGGACCGCGAGCCCAGAGAGGAAGGGGCGGCGGCGGAGGAAGCAGAGGAAGCGGAGGGGGGCGAGGAGGCGGCCCAGGGGCGGCACAGCGCUCGGAGCGGUGGGGCCUGGCCUGCCCAGCGCGUGUCCCAGGGGGACAGGGCCCUGGAGAACUGGGUGUCCUCGGAGACCUCGGCCCUGCCCCGGCCGCGCUGGCAGGUGCUCACUGCGCUGCGCGACCGCCAGCUGGGCUCCAGCGCCCGCUUCGUGUAUGAGGCCUGUGGGGCCCGCGCCUUCGUGCAGCGCUUCCGCCUGCAGUACGGGCUGGAGGGCCACAGCGGCUGCGUCAACAGCGUGCACUUCAACCAGCGCGGCACCUGGCUGGCCAGCGGCAGUGACGACCUCACCGCGAUCAUCUGGGACUGGGUGCGCCAGCGCCCCGUCAUGGCCUUCAACACGGGCCACAGAAAUAACGUCUUUCAGGCCAAGUUCCUGCCCAACUGCGGCGACUCCACCCUGGCCACGUGUGCCCGCGACGGGCAGGUGCGCGUGGCACAGCUGCCCGCUAUCUCGCUGAGCAGGGUUUCUAAGCGUGUGGCCCAGCACAGGGGGGCCUGCCACAAGGUGGCCCUGGUGCCAGACUCCCCUGUCAGGUUCCUCACGGCGGGGGAAGAUGCGGUUGUCUUUGACAUUGACCUCAGGCAGGACCACCCAGCUUCCAGAGUGGUGGUCACCAAAGAGAAUGAGUCCAGGGUGGGCCUGUACGCAGUCUUUGUGAAUCCUGCCAAUAUUUACCAGUUUGCUGUCGGGGGGAGGGACCAGUUUGUGAGAAUUUAUGACCAGAGGAAAAUCAAUGAGACUGACAAUAACGGGGUGCUCAAGAAGUUCUGCCCUCAUCAUCUGGUCCACUGUGAGUCCCAGUCAUUCAUCACCUGCCUGGUGUACAGCCACGACGGCACAGAGCUCCUGGUCAGCUACAACGACGAAGAUAUCUACCUCUUCCACUCCUCCCACCCGGAUGGGGCCCAGUACGUGAAGCGAUACAAGGGCCACAGAAAUAAUGCCACGGUCAAAGGUGUCAAUUUCUAUGGGCCCCGGAGUGAGUUUGUGGUGAGCGGCAGUGAUUGCGGGCACAUCUUCCUCUGGGAGAAGUCGUCCUGUCAGAUCGUUCAGUUCUUGGAGGGGGACCGGGCAGGGAACAUCAACUGUCUUGAGCCCCAUCCUUACCUGCCUGUGAUGGCCACCAGUGGCCUAGACCACGAUCCCAAGAUCUGGGCACCCACAGCUAAAGCGGCCACCAAGCUUCUUGGCUUAAAGGACCUGGUUAAGAAGAACAAGCGGGAUCGAGAUGGAGACGGCUCGGGCCACAGCAACCCGAUUCAAAAUAACAUGCUUUCGUUCCUCAUGCAUCACAUCACACGCAGAAGUCAUCCCCUUUCAGGGCGUCGUCCCAGGGCACCUCUUGAAGGGAGAGUCCCGGAUGCAGAGUCAGAUGAGUCUUCUCGUUCCUCAGAUGCAUCCGAGGAGGAAGAAAACUGA